AUGAAUCGCCAGGCACUCGAGGAGGAGCUGACGGUUCAGGAGGUGAUUCUCGACUCGCUGCAGGACGAGGCCGGGGAGGAUGCCGAGGUGCAGCGGGACGAGGCGAGGAGGGAGAUUGUGAGGCUCAAGCGGAUGCUGAGGACGCUACAGUCCAAGACUGCUGCCGGUGGUGAUGCCGGCGAGGGAAAUUCAGACCACAGCCGAACAGCGACGCCGGCCCCUGUUGGAGCCUCGAGAUCGCAUCGUUCCUCAGCCGUCAUGGAUACUCCGAGACAGGCUCCGCAGGUUGCCGAGAAUGGAGAGAGCCCCUCGCUGGUAAUGCUGAAUCGAAAGCGGAAUUAUGACGCGGCUCAUCUGAGUGUUGGACGUGAGUCGAGUAAGUCUCGAAGGACUACGCCAUCGCCGUUUGGUGGCUAUUCAAGGGCAUAUGACCCUCCUUCAUCAGACGGCGAAGUCGAGAUUAUCGAUCUGACUGGGGCUGAUGUCGAUGCCGACUCGACGCGGAUCGCAGAGCAAUAUAGGCAAGCAGAGCGUCACCGGCAAGAAAAGCAAGAUAGGGAGAUGGCCUUGCGUCUCUCAAGCCAGGACUCGCAGUCUUCGGCCCGGGGCGCUUCUGGACCUUCUCGAAGCUCGGGCUCCCACCAGCCCUCUGCCUUUUCCAGGCUUAUGGCGACGCAACGCUCUAAUGCCCCUGAAGCUCCUAUAGAAAUCGCUUCCGAUGACGAGCUUGAGGUCAUCACCCCUGGUGGCGGGCCUCAUGACGGAGCAGUAUCCUGGGGUUCGCUCUUGGCCGCACCUAUGGCGAACCCGUCUUUUGGGCAUAACCAGUUUUCAGGUCUUUUAGACCCGCAACAACUCCAGGGGCGCAGCAACCCCCCUACUCCCCUUGGUAAUGGCUUUGAGCUCCCGUCUUUCAGAGCUGUGAGCCAGUCCUUCCCAGGCACACCUUUUGCUGGAAACAAUCAGAUGCCGUAUGUACAAAUGCCUGGAGCAUAUCCCGGACCUCCUCUGAGGCCUAACCUGCCUAUGGGCCCGGUUCUUGCGAGCCAGAGUCGAACGCCAUUGUCAGACAUCAUCAACAGAACUAGCAUGUUCGACUAUGCCAACGGUCUCGAUAACAAUGGCGACCCUCUUUCUGGCCAGCUAAUGGAUUAUCUCAACGACACUUUCCAUGAUCCUAGAGUAACGGAACAGGAGUUGGAUGAUUUGUUGCAAAAUAUCCGUCCCGACAUGGAGAUUCCAGAGGGCAAGCGAGAUGGAACCCCGGAAGGGCUUAAGCAUGCUCUUUACCCUCACCAAACGCUGGCCCUGACAUGGAUGAAGCAGAUGGAGACGGGUACCAACAAAGGUGGUAUUCUGGCCGACGAUAUGGGUCUUGGAAAGACUAUAUCGACGUUGGCUCUCAUGCUAUCACGUCCGGCCCAAUCUCGCCCUAAAACAAACUUAAUCAUUGGCCCGCUGGCCUUGAUUCGACAGUGGGAAGAGGAGAUUUAUAAGAAAACAAAACCCUCCCAUCGAUUGUCUGUGUUUGUAUACCACAACAAAAAGGCCACGGCCGACGAUCUACUCAAGUAUGAUGUCGUCCUGACUACUUAUGGCACGAUAGCCCAGGAGCUGAAACGCCUUGAUAAGUUUAUGGAGGACAAUGCAGACCGCAACAUCGAUUUCAAUGAUAGAGCCAACGCAGCAAAAUUUCCGCUUCUUAACCCGAGGAAGUCUAAAUUCCACCGGGUUAUCCUCGAUGAGGCGCAGUGCAUCAAAAACCACACUACCAAGACCGCCAAAGCCUGCCACAAGCUGAAUGCCACCCAUAGAUGGUGCCUCACCGGAACUCCCAUGAUGAACGGAGUCCUUGAACUUUACUCCUUACUCUGUUUCCUUCGGAUAAAGCCGUAUUCUAUCUGGGACCAAUUUCGCAAGAGUUUUGGUGUGCUCUUUGGCCGAAACGGCGAUCCGAGAAGUGUCGCCAUGAGUAGGCUCCGCGCUCUCCUCAAAGCAGUCAUGCUUCGUCGCAAAAAGGAUUCCAAGUUAGAUGGUAAGCCGAUAUUAAGGCUGCCUAAGAAGAUGGAAGAAGUUGUGUAUGCCGAGCUAUCCGGAGAUGAGCGCGACUUUUACAACCAGUUGGAAAAGAAGUCCCAAGUGCAAUUCAGCAAAUAUCUUCGCGAGGGCAGUGUAGGGAAAAACUACUCCAGCAUCCUAGUUCUUCUGCUUCGACUCCGCCAAGCAUGCUGCCACCCUCACCUCAACCUGGAUGUGGAUGACGUUGCGCCAAUCUCUAGUGAAGAGAUGCUUGAGCUGGUCAAGAAACUGGAUGCGUCCAUCGUGGCGAGGAUAAAGGAGGCUGACGCCUUUGAGUGCCCUAUAUGCUACGACGCCGUCCAAUCGCCAACAUUCUACACGCCUUGCGGGCAUGAUAGUUGUAAGCAGUGUCUUUCUCAGUUGGUGGAUAGUGCAGCGACUAUGAAUCUUCAGCAAGGAAAUGAUACCAAUACGGUGACGGCUAAAUGCCCUGUGUGCCGUGGCCGUUUCGAUCCUAGGCAGUGCUUCACCUAUGAGGCCUUUCAGCAGGUGCAUAUGCCGGAAUCUAUCAAGCCAUCUACCUCUGAAGGAGAAGAGGGCGACAGCUCUACCGAAGACGAAGACGACUUUGAUGAAGAUGACGAAGAUGACGAAGUGGAUCGCUAUGGUGAUUUGAAAGACUUUAUCGUGCGAGACGAGGUUGAGAGUGGUUCGGAAGCGGGACAGCAAGGCCAUAUCAAAAAGGAAAAGAAGCAAAAGAAGAAGAGAAAGGACAAGAAGGCCGAAAUCAGGCCUUCUAUGCUGAAGACUCUUCGAAAAGAAGCGUCCAAGAAUAAAGCCGCUUUCAAAAAGUACAUGAGCUAUCUGCGGAAAACUUGGCUGCCUGCCGCCAAGGUGUCGGAGUGUAUGAAUCUACUAAAGGAAAUUCAUGCGACUGGCGAAAAGACGAUUGUGUUUUCUCAGUGGACUCUCCUGCUGGAUCUGCUGGAGGUUGCUGCGUGGCACGACGAUUAUCCGGGCAAGCUGAGGCGAUACGACGGAAGCAUGUCCGCUGAGCAGCGAUUUGUCGCGGCAAGAGACUUUCGUGAUAAGAGCGACGUCAAAGUCAUGCUGGUGUCGCUGCGAGCGGGAAAUGCUGGGCUCAACCUUACUGCGGCUUCUCGCGUCGUCAUUAUGGAUCCCUUUUGGAAUCCGUACAUUGAAAUGCAAGCCGUUGAUCGUGCGUACCGUAUCGGUCAAAUGAGAGAGGUCAAGGUGUAUCGGAUUCUGACUAAGGAAACCGUGGAAGACAGAAUUGUCCAGCUUCAGGAGCGGAAGAAGGAAAUGGUGGAGGCGGCGCUGGAUGAAGCUGAGAGCUCAAAGAUUGGACGGCUGGGCGUGAACGAACUCAAGUUCCUUUUCAGUGGCCGCUAA